GAAAAGCUUAUUAAAGCUUUCAAACAAAAAUAAAUUAUUAAAAAAACCAGACGACAUGGACAAUCAAAUACAAAGACUUAACCUCGGAAGAAGGUCGGGACUGGACAAAGCCGUGUGUGAAAUAACAGAAAUAGAUCUUCACCUAUCAACAAAAAGCCAAGCCGAACUUGCAAACAAAAUCUUAGCACUGCUCUAUACAUUGAUCUGGGUGUCCAGGUCAGCAACAGCCAACACGUCAGUAGCAUCAGGAAUUAAAUGGAACAAUCACCCCCACAUGACAAAAAGCAAUAACAGAAUCACUACACAACAGAACCCACCGGAGGAGUCGUUCCUGUUAAAACUAAUCAUAAAAACAAUGAAUCCACAAACAGAUCCAAACAGCAACUCACUUAAAAUACAAGCACUU